CUAUUAUGUUCGUUUCUGUGCUAAAAGGGCUGGAUGGUGGUAUAUUUACCAUGACCGCCAUCGUCACGCAUCCACCAACCUCACAUGCCCACAGCUCACUCACAUCCUCUAACAGCAUGACACUAGUCUCAAAUGAUCCCAGUUGGUGGCCAACCAUUAAUGCGGCUCGCGUUUCCAGCUAUUUUAUAGUUGCGGCCUCUGCUGGGUUGAUGUAUGAUUGGGUACUCACAUUCGGACAAGAGGUUGAGCUGGUCUGGAGGCAGCGCUGGUCCCUCAUGACUUUUCUGUAUCUCAUUGUGCGCUACAUUGGAAUAUUAUAUACUAUCAUCACGGUGCUGAUAUGGGUUCCGACGACAGAUGUAGUGAGCUUUAUCAUGUACUUCGUGCAAGAUUGGAUGAGUCUCGUUAUAAAUCUAAUACUGGGGGUCGUCAUGAUCGCUCGGUUACAUGCCAUGUACCAACGAUCCAGAAAGGUGCUGAUUGUGCUCGUUGUCGUUUUGCUGGCUGUCACCAUCGCCGAUGGAGUAAUCAUCGCAAUAUCAAUGAGGGAUAUUUCAGCGGAGGAGCUCAUUCUCUUUGACACAUAUCAGUGCACCAUCGACUACAAGGGAAAUGUCCUACCUCUGGAUACCACUGUGAGUUGGAUACUCCCCACUGUAUGGGACGUCCUCGCACUGUGUCUCGCAGUCUGGAUUGCUGUAAAACACUUCCGUGAACGGCGACGACAAUCAGCAAGAGGGAUUAUCUGGAACUGUUUCACGGUGUUGAUGAAAACUCAUCUGUUUUAUUUUGCAAGCGUUCUUGCUGUGUCUUGCUUCAACCUUCUUUACAUAUCUCCAACGAUCUUAGCGGACCAAUUUUCUAUGGAAACAAAGAUUUAUCUUGGUUUUCUUGACGUUUUCCUGGUUGUGAAGAUGUUUGUGCUAGGACCACGCCUGAUCCUUGGUGUUCGAGAAUACUAUGAUAAGCUCAUGGCCGAGUCCGACGCAGCGACUCACAUGACUUCAAUGGCUUUCCAGGAGCAUGUGCAUGUGUCAACAAGCAACAAUGUGUAGGAGGAGAAACAUUCCAUAUGAUUACUAGCAUUUAAUAGGACUUGUCAGUGGGCAUUAUACAGGAAUCUAGCUGGAGAAUUUGUUUUGGUUUCGUCGCGGCGAUAGUAUAUAAGUCUUUUAGAUAUUCCAAAGUCGAUUUAGCAGAGAGUCACUGG